AUGGCCUCCACUCUCUUCCGAACAGCCCCGGCCGCCCGGGUAGUUCUGCGCGCUGCAUCCAUCAAGCCCGGCGUUGCCUCUCUGGCCAGCACAUCCUUCACCAGGGGCAAGGCCACGCUGCCCGACCUUUCCUACGACUACGGCGCCCUCGAGCCAUACAUCUCCGCCAAGAUCAUGGAGAUCCACCACAAGGGCCACCACCAGGUCUACGUCAACGGCCUGAACAGCGCUUUAGACUCCAUUGACGAGGCCAAGGCGAGCGGUAACGACAAGGCCGCCGCCGCCGCCGCCCCUCUCCUCAACUUCCACGGCGGCGGCCACGCCAACCACUCGCUGUUCUGGGAGAACCUGGCCCCGAACAACAAGGGCGGCGGCGGCGAGCCCGAGGGUUCCCUCAAGUCCGCCAUCGACAAAGACUUCGGCUCCUUUGACACAAUGAAGAGCCAGGUCAACACCGCUCUGGCCGGCAUCCAGGGCAGCGGCUGGGCCUGGCUGGUCAAGGACAAGACCGCCGGUACUCUGCAGGUCGUCACGAGGAUGAACCAGGACCCCGUCAUCGGAAACUACAUCCCGCUCAUGGGCAUCGACGCAUGGGAGCACGCCUACUACCUGCAAUACCAGAACAAGAAAGCCGAGUACUUCAACGCCAUCUGGAACGUAAUCAACUGGGGCACCGUGGCAAAGCGCCUGGAACAGGCGUGA